CUUGGGCCGGGCCGGACCGGGAGAGGAGCGGGUCGGGAGCUGCCGCCGCCGGGCCAUGGAAGGCACGCGGCCUGGCGGGGCUGCACCCGCAGGCGGGGCGGGCUCCGGCACGGGCUCCGGCUCCUUCCCGUCGCUCUUUCCGCCGGGCCUGCACGGGAUCUACGGCGAGUGUCGCCGCCUGUACCCCGAGCAGCCCAACCCGCUGCAGGUCACCGCCAUCCUCAAGUACUGGCUGGGGGGACCCGAUCCUCUGGACUACGUUAGCAUGUACAGAAACGUAGGAAACCCAGCGCUGAACGUUCCUGAGCACUGGCACUAUGUCAGUUUUGGGUUAAGUGACUUGUAUGGAGACAACAGAGUACACGAGUUUACGGGAACAGACGGACCAAGUGGUUUUGGAUUUGAGUUGACGUUUCGACUAAAGAGAGAAACGGGGGAGUCGGCUCCACCUACGUGGCCAGCAGAGUUAAUGCAAGGCUUAGCGAGAUACGUCUUCCAGUCAGAAAACACCUUCUGCAGUGGUGACCAUGUGUCGUGGCACAGCCCUUUGGACAACAGUGAGUCCAGAAUCCAGCAUAUGUUGCUGACAGAAGACCCUCAGAUGCAGCCUGUGCAGACUCCUUUUGGAGUUGUUACUUUCCUACAGAUUGUUGGGGUUUGCACUGAGGAGCUGCAUGCAGCUCAGCAAUGGAACGGGCAAGGGAUCUUGGAGCUGCUUCGGACUGUCCCAGUAGCUGGAGGCCCCUGGCUGAUCACAGACAUGAGAAGAGGAGAAACAAUAUUUGAAAUUGACCCACAUCUGCAACAGGAGAGAGUCGACAAAGGGAUUGAGACAGAUGGCUCAAACCUAAGUGGAGUGAGUGCCAAAUGUGCCUGGGAUGAUCUCAGCCGGCCCCCUGAGGAUGAUGAAGACAGCAGGAGCAUUUGCAUCGGAACCCAGCCGCGGCGGCUCUCUGGGAAAGAUACAGAGCAAAUCAGGGAGACUUUGCGAAGAGGGCUGGAGAUUAACAGCAAACCUGUUCUACCUCCAAUAAAUGCACAAAGACAGAAUGGGUUGAACCAUGACCGAGCACCAAGCCGGAAGGACAGUUUAGAAAGCGAGAGCUCAGCAGCUAUCAUUCCUCAUGAGCUAAUCCGCACCAGACAGCUGGAAAGCGUACACCUGAAGUUUAACCAGGAGUCUGGAGCGCUGAUUCCCCUCUGUCUAAGGGGAAGGCUCUUACAUGGACGGCACUUUACGUAUAAAAGUAUUACAGGGGACACAGCAAUCACGUUUGUAUCAACGGGAGUAGAAGGAGCAUUUGCUACAGAGGAGCACCCCUAUGCAGCACAUGGACCUUGGUUACAAAUCCUAUUGACCGAAGAGUUCGUAGAGAGAAUGCUGGAAGAUUUAGAAGAUCUGAACUCUCCAGAGGAAUUUAAACUUCCAAAGGAGUACAGCUGGCCUGAAAAGAAACUGAAAGUCUCCAUCUUGCCAGAUGCUGUGUUCGACAACCCACUGCAUUAGAGCUGAAUUACACCCUUCUAACAACUGGGAGAGCCAAGUUACUGUCCAUUACCCAGUGACUCACAGGAUAAUUAAUGCAGUAAAAACUCUGCCUGCAAAUAAAAGAGUUUGCUGCACAACCACUGCAAACAGAAGAGGAGCAACUCAGCACCAGCCCAGACCGAACUGAGCCUUUUCUUUUAUCCUUCCCAAGGCUGAGCUCUCUGGGAACAGCCUGCGUAUGUGUGAGUGCGAGUGAGAAAUAUUUAACUAUGAAAAUUAGUCGUAAGAAUCCUUUCUCUCUCUUAGCUACAGAACUUCCCUCUGCCUUAGCCCAGGGUGUAGGCGCUCUGCACGCCUGUAUUUACACAUGCAUUCUGCCAGGUGCAAGCCUAUAAUCCAUGGAUUAAAUGUUCUUUACGUGACUCUGGAGUCCUUUUGUUAGCCAAACUUUUACUGACUGCAGAACUGUUCUUCCAUGUGCUAUUUUUUUUUUCUUUUCAGAAACAGAAUGGUAUUUCCCCUGUUUAAAGGAGGCCAAAAGCUCACAUGCUUGAAGCUGAACAGAUUUAAAGAUGAACUUUCUAGUUCAGUCAAGAAAAACAAACCCAGAUACUCCCUGCCCUCAAAUUAGGCAUGUUUUAAGUGUUAGUGUUGGUGCUAUUAGCUAUGGUAUCGCUGCAAACAGAGGCAACUUUAUUCUCACGCAUCCUGUCCUUGUGCCUGAACCCCAGGGAAGGUCACAACCUCUGGUUUUGCACAAGCAGGAGGAAGAAAGCUACCGGGGCGGGGGAGAUCUCCUGUUUACAGUGUGUUUAUCUUUAAAGAGAUACUGUCAAGUAUUUUUUCUUUGCUAUUGUACAGUAUUGGAGAAGCUAGAAAGAACCGUUUGUUCAAAGGGCAACUUCAGCAGCUCUGCAGGAUCCAUUGGGGAGGCUCAGCCUCAGUAAAUCCAACUGUUCUUGUCACUAUGGGGGUUGUGCCCUAUCGCAGCUCCGCUUUCCCCUCCAGCCUUGCAGUGAUGGCUCUUGUUGCAGCUGGUGUCCCUCCGUUUGGGUAGAUUUGGACUGAAAAGCAUCAAAAGCAGCUUGAAAAAGCCCCCUCCUCUAGAUCUGUAUGGCCUCUCGCCCAGAGCCAAAUGUGGUGUGCAGAGGACACAGUCUGUUCGCUCAUGUUGUGUCCCUGCAUGCUGGCCCCUGUGUUUAUGCUGAAGCAGUCAACCACAGGCUUCACCCCCUGCUGCUGCUGCAGGUUGUUCCUGAUGCAUAUUCCCCCAACCCUUCUUUGCCCAUUGUCUUUCAGUGGCAACUUUUCUCUCCUUGUCAGAGGAGAUGCAGCUUUCUCUUCCACCCUUUUCUGCCAAUUUAGCUUGGCUGUUUCUUCUUCCCGAGUUGUGCACAAUUGCCAGUUGCUGUGUGAUCUUAAUACAAGUGUAACAAUAGCUUUUAACACUUAACUCACCUGAUCAAACAGCAAAGUCCAGGAGGCCUCUUGGUACCCCAGGCUUGGAUUUCUGUUUGUUUUUUCUUCCUGGCACAGACGGCUUUAAUGUUUUUUUGCAUAUAUUUGAGGCUGGUUAAUGCUGGUCAAGAAGCAGAGCUAGGAGCCGCAAAGCUUUCCUUGGACUUGCUACAGAAAUCCUCUGUGGCCUCAGGCAAGUCACUCAAUGUGUCUCCUUGCAAAGAGGGUGAUUAUUGACUAGAGGGCUGUAGGACCUACCGAAGCAUGCCAGGGUUUGCAGGGGAGGGCGUGCUUUGUGUACAAAGUAGUAUUUGUAUUAUUAUAAUUGUUGUUAUAUUAUAAUUUAAGGCAGGCCAAAUGCAGGGUCCAACACUGCUCAGCAGAACCUUCCUUUCUGCAAAGCUACGAAAGCAAUUUACAUGUAAAUGAGUUUGUCAUUUUGUCUGAACUCAGCGGAUCAUCUUAAAAUCCUGCUGUGAAAGAACAAACUUUCAGAUAUCUGCAUGUACCAGCCAGAGUGAUUUCUGUGCUGUGGCAGACUGCAUUCAUCCAUGGGAUCUAUUGGCCAGUAUUCAUUGUCCUGGUUCACACUAAGCCUGCACAAGCCUUCUGCACUCAAGAUGCAUAUCCAGGGCUGCAGAACAUGGGAAUCUACCAGUCCAGCUUCAGAAAUGGUAUCCCCAAGCAUCCUGCCACAAGAUAAUGAACAAACAGACAAUUGUGAUGGUCAGAAAAAGGGCAGGGAGACUACUAGAAUACUGUCCCAAAGCCAUCUACCAGCAGUAGCCCAUGGACUGCUCUGGUAUGGGCUUGCUGAGGGCGCUUGAAGCAGCACUGGCCCGUCACCAUGAGGCUGACUGCUCUUCUUUUUCUCCAGAUGCUAGCUCUCAUUACAAGGAGCUUAAAGUCCACAUCUUAGUGGAGAAGGGGCGUUUGGAAGGUCAGCUGUUGCUCUUCCUGCAGAGAUCGGCACAGGGCAGAGAGAAGUCCAUCAGAGCUCUCUGGGUCUCACACAUCUGGAAGGCUGAGGACCUCCUGUCCUUUGACCUCUGGGAGCCUUUGAAGCAGGGCAGGUGGCUCCUCCAGGCUGCCUUGUGCUCCAGUUCUGCCUAUGCAUAUAUUUUCCUCACCAUAUUUACUGUCAUCAGACGCUCUGGGUUGGGUUUUCAUUGACUUCAGAGGGAGCACACUGAAUGCAUUUGAAAAUCCACCCAGUAUACUUUGUGUGUGUGGGUUUUUUUUGUUCUGUGUCAUGUAUUUAUAUAUAGUUCUGUGUAUUGAGUUAUGAACAGGUGGCAUGCCAGAAAUCUCUAUUUCUGCAACAUUUUCUCAACAGAUCUUUGCCAGUAUCCGGAUAACAAUUAUGGAGAAGAUUUCAGGGGAAGGAAGUGAAAUCUUCCCUUUUAGCUAAGGGGGAAAAUACUAGACAAAAGUUAACUGCUAAAAUAGAAGACACUCUUACUGUUAGACCAACUAAAUGAGAGAAACUGGUGAAAGUCGACCCUUCAGCUGCAAGGCUGUGCUGCUGCCUCUCAACAGUUUUCAAGUAAAAGAAAGUUGCAUGUUGUUUGGCGUUGUGAGGAGCUGUGCACCCACAGGACCUCCCCUCCCCCGAUUCGCUUCAAGUUUGCAACCAUGCCAAAGGCUUACUCAUUGGCAACUAAAUGAGAUCUCGAGUUUGGAUAUUUUCAUCUUGGGGCAAGAGGACAUGCCUGUGUGUGAAGGAACUGGAAAAGAAACCUUUGUAUUUUAGUGAGCGAAUAGUUUUAAAAAGGAAAGUGCAUCAGUGUUCAUAAAUGCCAUGCUAUUUUCUAGCCCCAACCUGCUGAGGUAGUAGGUCUACUGGUGCUGAUUUUUCUUCUAGAUUGUGUAAAAGGUCUGAAGCAGGAUUAUAUGAAGCCAAAACCCAUGAGGCGUCUGUUGUCUAGAGAUUGCGAUCUGGAUAUAAAUGUCAGUUUAAAAUAAGUGGGUACAAGUUUUCUCUCUCCUGGAGAAAUCUCAUGAUGCAGUGAGGUAGGGGUAUUUCCAAAGAUGAAGAGCCUCGUGGCCGAUCUGCAAUGCCUUGAAAAUGCAACAUGUGACAGCAGUGCUGGAACAAGGGAAGUCCCAAAACCCAGGACUGCUUUCCUCUCAACUUGUGAUUAAAAACAGAAGAAAGAUUGUAUAGUUUCAGCAUGUGGGAUGUGACCUGGGCAGAGCAGUCGGUCUUGUAGCUGGAGUGACCUACAGUGAUAUUUUCAGUGGCUUCGUUAGGUGGUGCCUGCUGUGUGUAAUAUCUUUGAGGAUGGUGAUAUAUUGGUUUUACUGUACGUAGAUAUGCCAGCAGUGAUUUGAAGUGAUAUUCUGAAGCUCCUCGCUUCAAAUAUUCAGUUGCUCUUGGAUGACUUUUGAAAUGACACCAUUGGGUCAUCAAAUGGUCUUUGAAGAAGUGGGGAUUUUGUUUUUCAUCUGCGACCAGUAGAAAUAUUUAGGAGGUGUAGCUUAAAAAAAAAAAAAGUUGAAAGCAGAGCUUGGCUAGGAGAGAAUGGAUUGCCGGGGAGAGGCUGCGUGCUGGAGGCAGGUUAGCAGCCUCCCUUGCACCCACAGCUGGGGCUUCUUUGAGGCAGCACAAUCCUUUGUGCCAUCUCAGCGGGAUGCAGGGAAGCUGGAAACCAAAGGGAGCGUCACUGAGCUGCCAUGGUCCCUGUGGACAGGUCCUCGUGUCCACACCACUACCUACUGCAGUCCUGUGUGGGGUGAGGACCUGGCUGUGCGCAUCCCACUGCAUGUUCACACCUUGGCCUGUGCCCAUUGCAGAGGGUGUGGGCUGUGAAUGACUGUGUUAGCUCAGAGAUGGGGAAUGGCGAUGCAGCUGCUUCUGAAUCAUUUGGUUUUUUAAUGAGCGUGGGGCAGGGAGUGGAGCUCUCGCUCCGCUGCCCCCCACGGGAGCCCCCAGGCUGGUCACUGGGCCAGCAUUAUUGCUCACCCAGCAUCCGUUCGCUUCAUCAAAUGUUCCCCAGCUCCUCACAAAAACCUCUCUGAGAUGCUUCACUGAGGAUGUUGGCUGGCUGCAUGCUUCUCAUGCUGGUUGGAGGACGCGUCUGCCUGGAGACGCAGCUGCUUGAGUGUCUGUCUGCCCUGUGGUCAUCACCUCCUAGGCAGGCAUCCAGAGCUUGUGGACCGCUUUGCAGGCUUGCAUCUGGCUGAAGGCAAGGCAGCACCACACCAGUGCAGAGACAUUCAAGGUCAAGCUGGACAGGGCUCUGAGCACCUGAUGGAGCUGUAGGUGUUGCUGUUCAUUGCAGGGGAGUUGGACCAAAUGACCUUUAAGGGUCCUUUCCAACUCAAACCAUUCUAUGAGAACCUUCAGGCCCGAUGGGCCCAAAGACCCACGCGCCUCAUUUUGUCCUAGCCUGGACACAGCCCCGCAGUGCUGCUGGGUGGAAUCCUGGCCUUCAGCUCGUGUGCUGCUCCUGAGUGAGCGGGGGUCACUGCCGGCACCAGGACAACCGCCACGCUCAGGAGGUGAUCCUGUGCAAGGGUCCUCCUUCACAUCCCAUAUUGUGCCUUAAUUCUCCCUUCAAGUGACGCUGUGAGGGCAGAUGAGCUGUCAAGCAACUGGGAAUCCCUCUCAGUGCAUCUGUCCCCAUCGAUAAAAGCAGGCUUGCCCAGAAGCCAGACUGCAUCUAAAACAAGCUCUACAUGUGCGCAUCCCGAGAUGUUAAAGCUGAACUUAGGUCUCUGGGACCAGUUCUGAACAAGCUCUGUAGCAACCUACUAUUUUUGUAACAUUUUUUUUCUGUUGUGCAGUGCCUGCUUGUCCUCUUAAACAAAAACAAAAAAAAAGCAAAACAAACCAGCUUGUGCUCGACACCAGUCCAACAUUUCAAGCAGAGAAGCCCGAGAUUGCGCAGGCUGUGGACCUGCCCGUGGGGCUCCCCUAAACACAGUGUCCCCUUGACACUGCCGACAGGCCCCAUGGCCCUCAGCUUGCCAUGAAGGGAGCCCGGCCCCUCGUGGGCUCAGCGGCCCUGGGCUCAGCUGCGCACGUGAGGCCCUACUGCAGCCUACGAGCACCGCUGCUGCUGUUUAUACUCCAGCCAUAACGCUGCGUCUCCUCUCCGUUAAUAAAAAAGAGGAAGAGAGAGGAAAAGAAACAGCCUGUCAAAGCUGGAGGAAAAUUCCCUGCCGAUUGUUGUGUUUUGCAAACACUGCUCUUUUCUCUCGGCCUGUCCCUCCUCUCCCCGGCGAAGCUGGAGAUCAAAAUGGCUCCUUUGUUCCUGUCCCUGGGGCCCAACCGCAACGAAAGAGCAGCUCCGGAAACACUGCGCUGCGCGCACAGCGCACGGCGGCGAGGGUGGGAGGGCCGGCGCCGCGCUGCAGGUCCUACAGCAACGCGGUGUGCCCGGCUGGGUGCGGCAGCCCCGUGCGCGCCCUGCUGUCUGUGCUGCCCUGAUUCCGCAGCCCCGGGGCCGUGGGUGCUUCCCGGCCUCGCUCCGGCCCCACGGGGGAUUUCAGCCCUUCACACCCGUCUCCUUCCCACCCGUGCUGGUGUUUCUUACAGCGGUGUUUCUUACAGCGGUGCGGGGUGCAGGCUUUGCUGGUCGGCGCGGUGCUUUGCAUUUCAGAGGGUUUCUGCACAACUUCCCGGGGGGACCCGGGGACACGUGUUGGGACCUUGGAGAUGGCCUUUCUCCUCCUCCCCACCCCCUUUUUUCUUUUUUUCUUCCUUUUUUUUUUUUUUU